GUGUCUGGAGCGAAGCGGUAUCACCGGACAAACAUCUGGAUACACGGUUCGCACUUUGACUCGGAGCUCCUCUAACAUCUGUACACGAACGACUCAUGAUGCCAAACUGGGGAGGAGGCAACAAGUGUGCAGCGUGCCGCGGGACGGUUUAUCACGCCGAGGAGGUGCAGUGUGACGGAAAGAGUUUCCACAAAUGUUGUUUUCUCUGCAUGGUCUGCAGGAAGGGUUUGGACAGCACCACAGUGGCAAGUCAUGACCAGGAGAUCUACUGCAAGUCAUGCUAUGGGAAGAAAUACGGCCCCAAAGGCUACGGCUAUGGACAGGGAGCGGGAACGCUAAACAUGGACCGAGGAGAGCGGCUGGGAAUCAAACCAGAAGA